AUGGCAAAAGUCCAGUUCCUCUACGACUGCGUCUCGCCAUGGUCCUACAUUGGCUUGGUGCUCUUGCGUCGAUACGAGCGCUUAUGGCAGCUCCAGGUCGACUACCGGCCAGUCUAUCUAGGCGGCGUCAUGGUGGCCGCAGGCAACAAGCCGCCCAUCACCGUCAUCAAUAAGGGUAUCCACAUGGCUCACGAGCUCUCUAUCAUUCCUGGCUAUGUCGGCCUGCAGCUCCAGAUGCCAAACGAGUUCCCCAUCAACACGAUCCACGUCGCGCGUUUGUUGCGGGUCAUCAAAGACCGCAAACCUCAAGCACUCUUGCCCGCAACCGACCGCUUCUUCGAAUGCAUCUUCGAUGGCAAAGGCAGAGAGAUGGAGGUCACCAAAGCGCAAAAUCUGCCACGACUGCUCAGUGGCAUCGACGGACUAGAUGAGGAAGCUCUCAAGCCGCUCAUGGAAGAGGCCGCCAGUGCAGAGAACAAGCUACGACUCAAGGAUGAAGCCACAGAAGCCGUCGAGGAGAAUGGCGCAUUCGGAUGUCCUUGGUUUACGAUCGAGCGCGAUGACGGAGAGAAGCGCAAUUUUUUCGGCAGCGACAGGUUCGAGAUCAUCGCUCACUGGCUCGGCAAAGAAUACAGAGGACCUUUUCCUGAAGGACGACCAGAUGCAAGAUUAUGA